GUUCAUCUUUUAAUGUUGAGGAUGUCCUUAGACCUUCUAUGAAAGAGGGUAAUGUUAGGCAAACAUACAAAUAGUUUGACUUAGCUAGAUAAGUUAUAUUCCAUAUCAAAUGUUUACAAAUAUUGCCUUGAGAAUAAUGUCCUGAGAGGCCAAGAUUAUAUAUAUUUCAGGUGGGCAUGAAGAUGUGGAACCCAAAGUUGAGCAGCUGAUGAAUAAACUAAAAAAUCUGCAACAAGGUAAGGUUAGCUAUUAUUAACCCCUUCCACACUACAAAUUCCUCAUACAUGCCUAAUGGAAGAGAGAGGUUGAUUAGGUUUGAAAAUAUACAUGAUAAAUGAAGAACUCAUGCUAAUAACAGAAAUUUGAUUCAGUAUUUUUUGUCAGCAUUUAUCUUGCGGAAGACAGCAUCCUUCAAGCCAUAAUGGUUUUGUGUCAGUAAAAGUGUGGCUAUGCAUGCUGUGUGGUGUGGAUUUAUGUGUUUGUGUGUUCUCUCUCAGGUAAGAGAGCUACAGAGGAGGAGGUGAAAGAGGCCCACUCACUCAGAGACUCUCUGCAGGAAGAACUCGAUGCCCGUAAGAAACCCUGAAGAAAUCUCAUGGCUUUGUUCUCAUACUUAGUAAUAUUAGAUACACCCUUGGUUCUUCUUCCUUUCCGACUGGACACAGACAUCAAUUCAACAUCUAUUCCACAUUGGUUCAACUUAAUUUUAUUGAAAUGAUGUGGAAGCAAUGUUGAUUCAACCAGUGUGUGCCCAGUGGGUAGCUUCCUUUGGGUAAUCACUGAUCCAAUGUGACUAGACUGGGGAAAAAACGAUCUCUACUGCUUUCAGACAUCCAACCAUCACAGAUCAGAGAUAAGCCUACUUCUCCGAAGACAGGAUUUUUGUUUAAAUUAUUGGAACAGUUUAAACAGUUUAGAAAAGAUGAAGUGAUGGUUAGUGGUCUUGGUUUUCUAGUAGUCCUGAAGUUUACAAAAUUAAUGACACCAGUAUCACUUGUUUUCCCCCCAGUACAGACGGAAGCUUACCAACUGGAGGGAGUCCACAAAGAGAAAGAGGGUAGAGUGACAACACACAGAUCACUCACUUUCACGUUAAGGCCAUACACAUUUUAUUCAAUGUUUAACAGAUGCCCCUCCUCACAUUUCUCAAAAAUAAAAAUCGGAAAAGUUUCAAGGUUAUAGCAAAAAUAAAGUCCUCAAGCUUCCAGUAAAGAGAUACACACUUUCCUCGUUUGGAAGGCCUUAGCACAGCUUACCAAGAGGCUAAUAUCUCUAGAAAAGGUUGCUAGGUGUUAUAUUAAGUUGUUAUAGUACAGUUACAUUUACAUUUACGUUACAAACAAGUUUAUUUUUAUUGUUUUUUUUCUCGCUCUGUUAAACUGUAAGAUACAUUUGUAUUUAUGUCAUGAGAAAAGUAGCCAUUGGGUAAUAUAACUAGUAGCCAGUGUGUAAUAUAACUAACCCAUGAUUGGGUUAGAAUAGAGUAAGCCUUUAGUGUAGACGUUUGUUUUAUUUGACUUUCAGGGUUAGUUAUAUUACACACUGACUUAUCUCAAUGGUAUGCUGAUGUUAGAGCUGAGGAUUGUGGUCAGUCUCAAAGACCUGAUACCAUUUAUCAGUCAUUCUUAAUUUUCUAGUUACAGAAUAUUACAACACAUGAAUGAACCUACUACCAAAAUCAGUAGACCUUAUCCACCUUCUAUGCCUGAAAUCCAUAGUGCUCUCAAAGGUAACACGUUUACAGAUGCUUUUGUCAAUUGAAAACUGAUGAUGCUGUUUCUAUCCCAGAGUUGUGCAGGGUGCUGCAGUUCCAGUGUGAAGAGAUGGAACAGGACUCUACCAGGUGAGCCGUUACACCUGCCUGGUAUUAGGUGCACCUUCACCUCUCUCCAGUCUCCACCCACCUUGUUGUGGUCAGGCAGCCAGCUUCCGGACCAGUUCCCUUCUUCAGAUCAAACACUAGAUGGCAGCAUAUCUUCAUGUUUAUGCAGCCCUAGAGCAGACGUGAUCUCUAUUCAGGGUCAGUUUCAGAUGAAAACAUAUACAAACAGAAAGACUUGAAAACAGAACAAUGGAUUUAUUGGCAUCAUUACCGAACCUGUGACAAGAGGAGUUAUUCAGCACCAUCUGUUGUUUGGUUCAACUCUACACACCUGUAGGUGGAAACUUUGACUCUAAAAAUCCUGACAAAACAAGAUGAAGACACACCAUAUGUCAGAAAGCUGCUGCUGGUAAAUAAAUCAACUCUGAUGUGAUCCCACUGUGAGUUAUUUGAACGCUCUGACAAUUCUGUAGGACCUGAUGAAGACGCGUCGGUCUGUGCAUCUCAAUAUAUCACAGUGGCAGGAAGCAUAUCACAGUGGCUGACAUUCCUCAUUUCCUGUCCAGCACCUGAACAAGUUAAGUGUGUGUAUGUGUCCUUGUUCACAGGCAGCAGCAGCUGAACAGGAAGAGUGAGGACCUGAUAGAACAGUACAGAUGUCAGAUCCAGGAGACCAAG